CACCCGAUACCACACUAAUACUCCAGCACAACCAUCUAUUUGUCAUACUUUCUUCAACAAAUUAUCAUCAGCGGUUAAAAUUGUUUUAAUAUUUUGAACUUUUGUUUUAAGAGGUCUAUAAAUACAUUUCUUUGGCGGACUCUCUCUUUCCCAUCGCUUCGCUAUCCUUUCUCUCACUGUAUGAACUGUAACACUCUUAUCUAUUCUCUCUGCAGUACUCAGAGUUGAGAUUUUCAACGAGGAUAGCAGCUGUAAGUCUCUGGAAUGGGAGUUUUCAGAUCCAAAAUCAAAUACUUAAGCAAAAUUGAAUUAUAAAAAUCGAGCUCUGAGUUAUUGUAAAAUUAAACUCUUAGCUCGUACUUUAAAAUAAUUUUAUUCUGGAUUGUUAAUACCAUGGCGAUCGGGAUAUUAAACUCUGUUUUAGCAAAAUCAGGGACGAUUUCAGCCUCUGAUCAUAGCUCAGUAGUUUCAAUGAACUUAUUCGUGGCGCUUCUUUGCGGGUGUAUAGUGAUCGGUCAUUUACUUGAGGAGAACCGAUGGAUGAACGAGUCCAUUACUGCCCUUGCGAUUGGGAUAUGCACUGGAGUUGUAAUUUUGCUCACAACAGGUGGAAAAAGCUCACAUCUUUUGGUUUUCAGUGAAGAUUUGUUCUUUAUUUAUUUGCUUCCACCCAUUAUUUUUAAUGCGGGAUUCCAGGUGAAGAAGAAGCAAUUUUUCCGCAACUUUAUGACUAUCAUGCUGUUUGGAGCAAUUGGUACUUUAAUAUCCUUUGGCAUCAUAUCUGUAGGUGCCGUACAUUUUUUCAAGAAAAUGAAUAUUGGUGAUCUGAAGAUAGGGGAUUUUCUUGCAAUUGGGGCAAUAUUUUCUGCAACAGAUUCUGUUUGCACUUUGCAAGUUCUUAAUCAGGAUGAGACACCUUUGUUGUACAGUCUAGUUUUUGGGGAGGGAGUUGUCAAUGAUGCCACAUCAGUGGUUCUUUUCAAUGCAAUCCAGAGCUUUGACCUUUCUCAUAUCGACUCUACCAUUGCUUUGCAGUUUGUUGGAAACUUUUUGUAUUUAUUUAUUUUAAGUACUUUGCUGGGAGUUUUGGCUGGACUGCUUAGUGCUUACAUUAUUAAAAAGCUCUAUUUUGGAAGGCACUCAACUGAUCGUGAGGUUGCUCUUAUGAUACUCAUGGCUUACCUCUCAUAUAUGCUGGCUGAAUUUUUCUAUUUAAGUGCAAUUCUCACUGUCUUCUUUUGUGGGAUUGUUAUGUCCCACUACACGUGGCAUAAUGUUACUGAAAGUUCAAGAGUGACAACUAAGCAUGCUUUUGCUACUCUGUCCUUUGUUGCUGAGAUCUUUAUCUUCCUCUAUGUUGGUAUGGAUGCUUUGGACAUUGAGAAGUGGAGAGUUAUUAGUGAUAGCCCUGGAAAAUCAGUUGGGGUGAGUGCAAUUCUGUUGGGCUUGAUUCUUGUUGGAAGAGCAGCCUUUGUUUUCCCCUUAUCUUUCAUAUCCAACUUGACUAAGAAAGCUCCAUAUGAGAAAGUUGACUUGAAACAGCAAGUUACCAUUUGGUGGGCCGGUCUUAUGCGUGGUGCUGUAUCAAUGGCACUUGCAUAUAAUCAGUUCACCAGCUUAGGUCAUACUCAGUUGCGAGGGAAUGCAAUGAUGAUAACCAGCACAAUCACAGUUGUUCUUUUCAGCACAGUGGUUUUUGGAUUGAUGACUAAACCAUUAGUUAGAAUCUUACUUCCUUCACCAAAACAUCUAACGAGAAUGCUUUCUUCUGAAUCAUCUACUCCAAAAUCAUUCAUUGUCCCACUUCUUGGCAAUGGGCAUGAACAAGAGGGUGAUCAAAGCAACGAUAUACCCCGUCCGACCAGCUUAAGAAUGCUCUUGAGCACUCCUUCCCACACUGUGCACUAUUAUUGGAGAAAAUUCGAUGACGCCAUCAUGCGACCUGUAUUCGGUGGUAGGGGUUUUGUUCCCAUUGUUCCCGGAUCACCCGCAGAACAAAAUGGCCAUCAAUGGCAAUGAAAGGAACUAGCAGAAGAAAAUACUAUACUAAUUUUAUAAAAUUGUAGAUAGGGCAUGAAGCCGGCUUUUAGUGUGAAGUUUGCUAAUAUAAAAGAGAGUUUUGCAGGUUGAUUAUAACAUCAAUUUUGUCCAGCAUUAGCUGCUUAUGAUUAUUUGAUUGUAUUCCCAUAUUGUUUGUUGUCCCAUUUGUGAGAUUGUAAUCUUGACAUUGUGUUUGGUUUUUGUUCGUUUGUAAAAGGUUUCUAUUGAUUGUAUUUUUUUUUUCAUAGUACUCUCUUCCUUCGUAAUUUCUUUUUUAGUAUUAACGUAUGAUUUAGCUCUAAACUGUCAC